AUUUCAAAUUCCACCUAUUUCCAUCACUGAAAUCAGCUUUGAAAUCUUCUCCUCAUUUAAACCAUCCAUUGUAGAGGGGAUAGAUAUUUGGUCUAGUUUCAUCUACUUCAUUGAAUUUCAUUAUCCUGAUGGUUAAAUAAAGUCUACCCAUAUCUAAAAUCUUGAUCUAGAUUACAUUUCUUGAUUCAACUUUUCCUAAUCUUUAUUACAUUAGACCAUGUCCACCUUAAGCAAGAAUCCUAGCAGCAACAUGGGUUCUCCUUUCUUCCAUGAAUUCAAGAAACAAGCUUCUUUCUUUCUCAAGGAGAAGAUCAAAACAGCUCGGUUAGCUUUAACUGAUGUCACUCCUGCUCAGCUAUUGACUGAAGAAGCAACAAAUGGGAAUACAUGGGCACCAGAGACACGGACCCUGGGUUCCAUUUCAAGGGCUGCUUUUGAAUUAGAUGAUUACUGGAGAAUUGUAGAAAUUUUACACACGAAAUUAGCGAAAUUCGAAAGAAAGAAAUGGAGAAUCUCUUACAAUUCUCUGAUAGUUCUUGAACAUUUGUUGACUCAUGGACCCGAGAGUACAGCAGAGGAGUUUCAGGAUGAUAAAGAUGUUAUUUUAAAAAUGCAAAGCUUUCAAUACGUAGACGAGAAAGGAUUCAAUUGGGGGUUAGCAGUUAGAAAGAAAUCAGACAGAAUCCUGAAGCUGCUUGAGAAAGGACCUGUUUUGAAAGAAGAGAGAGACCGAGCUCGGAAGCUAACAAGAGGGAUCCAAGGCUUUGGGAGUUUCAGCCAGAGGUCUUCUUCAACACAAUGCAUUUUACAGGAAUCACCACAUGUACCAUAUGGAAGAAGUAAUUCUGACUAUAACGAUCAUGAAAAUCAGGAAAAUCAACUCCCACCUACAAAUGAAGGUGGUUCGGUACAAAAAGUUGAUAAAUCAGAGCGGACCAAUGAGAAUGCACCCUUUUCGGUUGGCAGGAAACAGGAGAUUUUGGAGUCUUGGAGCAGUUUCAGUGAAGGACAAAUGUUCCAGAAACCCGAGGUUCAAACAAGUUUGAAAGAAAACUUGGCUCCCAUCAAGGAAGAAUUUCAUAACUGGAGUACCAUUGGGGAGUCUAAUCCUCUCAUGGGCAGUGACAAUGAACUGAAGGCAGCAAUUCUGAUAGAAGAUGAUCACCCUUUCAACACCACUGAGAAUCAAACUACUUCCUCAAUGCUCCUUGCUAGAGAUGGCAUUCUCCAGGGAUGUUGAGAGAUUCUUUGGAUUCUGAAGUUGUAAACUUAUACUACAAGGU